UGUAGAGCCGGCCCAAUGUUUUUACCGUAGCCUGCGGACUUCGCGCGGGAAACUUUGCUGCACUCAAUAAAUAAUCGUCAUUUUCUCAGUAUUCGCUAAUUUUACGCUUCGAUCUUUCCCGAAGACGUUGCGUUGGCUUCGGUUGCCGCGGCGCGUGCCGAGUCAAACAGGGCAUCGUAAGUUAGCCCCCCGACACCUAACCCCAACCUUUGUGCUUUGUGGACAGCGCGCUUCAAGCUUCAAGCUGAUCGCGAAAUGACAAGUGUUGUAGCGAAGACGAGCUGUCAGAGAAAGCGGAAUGAACCGUCUUACCUGUUGACGGCUUGAUGACAUGAUGCAAGUUUGAGGAACUCGAAGGCCGGAGAAUGUCACCGUCACCGUCGCCAGCUGAUCGACUUCUGAGAAAGAGAAAACAGUUGCCGUUCUGUUUAUUUACUUCAGCUUGACAGACAGCCGGCUGCCAAAGUUUAUUUUCCUUUCAGUGACUGUGUUUUUAGUUGAAUUUUCACUGAUGGACGCGAGUUGUGCCACCAUGUCCAGCAAGGAGUGGAAAAGGAGCAGAACCAAGUAUCAUAUAGAGACUAUUUUCUCUCCAACCAAAAAGCCUCCCGAAAGUCUAACCUCCGCAAGUGUGUCAUACAAUGACAACAAUUGUCAGUUUUCCUCUGAAAGCGGCUUUUGCGGGGGUUACAUUAUCAUAGACUAUGAACCCGUGUUCCAGCAAAUCAGUCUGCUUGUCAAAUGCAGGAUAUGCUCCGGAAUUGUGACGUUUUCAGUGACAGAAAUGUGUGGACUUGGAUUCAAACUUGUUUUGGAAUGUGAAAAUUGUGGUGUGCUGGGUAGAAUCAACUCUUCAAAGCUGGUUGGACCAACACAGAACGAUUAUGAGAUCAAUGCAAGGAAUGAGCUAGCUUGCCAGUACUUGGUGGGCUCAAGCGACAGCAUCAAGGCAACACAACCUAACUUAUCGAGUCAAGCCAAUACAAAUAUCGGAAUAUGUCAGGAACAGGAGCUUUUCAGCGACCCUCUUGGUGUGCAGGAUGAAACGAGAUUGGGUGACCAAUCAACGGGUGACUGUUCUCAAAGCACACAAGAAUUUUUCUCCGGAAACGAAUGGUCAAACCACAGCAUGUUUGAUGGCUCUCAAGCAAACGCCUUGCCAAUAGCUCAAGGAAACUGGCAAAUUGGACCAUCUAGUGAUAACGUCAAGAGUGAUAACGAGUUUGAAUCUGAUGAUGACGAUGACGAUGAUGACUCAGAGGGAAGCCAGCAGCCUUCCCUAGACUUUCAAAAUGCUACACAGAACAACUGUGUCACUUCAGAAAGUCACACACCUUCAAAGAAGCGAAGAAGAGCUGUGAAGAAAGCAAGAGAGGAAGGACAGCGUCUGACAUCUGACACUCCUUUACCGGACUUUUCCUCAUAUGUACUAGAAGAGUUAUUGAAGCCAACACCACGAAUGAAUGUUGUACUUCCACCUUGUAAAGCUCACAUAGUUGCAGUAACUGGUGAUGAAUACCCUACCAAAAAAGAAUAUGAUAUAUUUUGCCUAAAAAUGAUUUUGGCUUUCCCAUCUCUGAGAGACCCAGACACUGACCAUGGUUAUGAACGCUUUAAAAAAUCAUUGAGUGCUUCUUUUCGGGCUAGGAGAAGCUACGAGAAAAAUAUAAAGCCAAGUAGAAUGGUCAAAAGGUCUGGCAAUAUGUGGAUGUCUACCUUAGGUGAAUCACUUCCUCUUGGUGUUGAUGCUAGCAAAUUAGAUUUUUGCCCACAACCAUCAACAAGCAAUUCAACUUUAGGGAAUAGGUCAGAAGAUGAUGAGCAUUCAAGAGACAUGCAGAGGUCUCUCUCUGAGAGCGGAUGGCAAGAAGAUAGCGAUUCAGAAGCCAGUGAUCUCAGUGGCUCGAGGCCCAACAUAAAAAGGAGGCGCAGAGCUGUAAAGAAAGUAAGAGCUGAAGGACAACGCCUGACAUCUGACACACCUUUACCUGAUUUUGCUCCUGAUGUCUUAGCAGAGCUUGCAAAGCCUGCGCCAAGAAUGACAGUGGUACUUCCAACCUGUAAGGCACAUAUUGUGGCUGUCACAGGUGAUGAGUAUCCAACUAAAAAGGAGUAUGACAUAUUUUGUCUAAAAAUGAUUCUAGCUUUCCCCUCAUUAAAAGACCCAGAUACUGAUCAUGGAUAUGACCGCUUCAAAAAAUCCUUGAGUGCCUCAUUUCGUGCUAGAAGGAGCUAUGAACUUAACAAAAAGCCCAAUAGGCUUAAAAAACGGUCAUUGGCAAUGGCUAUGCAACAACCAGGCCCUCAAGCCAAUGAACUUAGGUUCCACCACCCUCCUCAAAAUACGAUGGAUGAGGAAAUGAGGAUGGCUGAUGAAGAGCUGGCCAACCCUGAUUGUGAUAUUAAACCAGAUCAGAUACAAUACCUUAUAGAAAAAAGUUUUAACCUGAGAAAAAAGGCAGUCUCUUCUCCUGGCUUUGAUGUUUUAAUGUUCCUUGAAACCUAUAGACAUUUAAGUAACUUUGAAAUGUUGUUGCAUGAGUACUCCCUUGUAGUUGGAAUUAGUAUAGAAGAGUUGAGAGAGAACUUUGAUGAGGGUUCUUUAGUCCUCACAAAAAUGUUUUGGGAAUCUUCACAAUUACCUUCUACUAAUGAAGACUUAAGAAGAGUUCAAGUUUUGGUACAGCUUCAGGAGCACUUCCUUAAUCAGAGGCAUCCAAGACCAGACACCAAACCUCUGUUUGUGAUCAAACACCAAAUGGCAGCAUUUAAUGACGGAGACUUUAGUUUCCGCAGCACUGAGGUUCCAUGUGCUGUAGUGCUAACCAAUGAUGAAGGCCGCAUUUCAAAGCUAAUGGUAACAUUCCGAGACAGAAUAGUGAUGGAGAAGUACUUAGCUUCAGCAUUUGAUGUAUGUUCAUCUCUACUGGCGUUCUUCUUUAUUUUAAAUGUCAAGUACCCACCAGUUUAUUUAGACAACCUAAAGGCUUUGGAGAGAUUGUUAAACAAAAAACUUAGUUUUGCAUCUCUUCAAACAACAAUCAGUAGUCCUUACAGUAAUUAUGUUAAGCUUUAUGAUGCUAAGUUAAAAGAGACAAUGCAAUACUUCCGGCCAACUGAGUAACAUAUUUAAAUUUUUUUAAAUGUUUUUUUUUAAACAAAAGAUCUUUCUUGGUUCCUGUUUGCUUCUCUCCUUUUCCCACAAAUUUUAUUUGUUUGUUGUUUUGUUUUCUAUUCUAUAAGAUGUUUAUCCUGUGUCUCCCUCUGGGGCAUUUUAAGGAAAUAUACCUUUCCAAAAUGACAGUCAUCUUAAAAUUUUAUCGCCUUUUUUCAAACCUUUAAUUUCAGAUGGUCUUAAUUUUUUUCUGAGAAUGAGACUUGCGAACAAUAUAACCAGCGAUGUUUCUUGUCCUUAAAAUGUACCUGUAAAAUUUGAUUGUUGUUACCCAAGACGCUUUUUCGCUUUUUUUUCUACGAAACAUUUUUUUAUGUAUUUUCUGAGGGUUUUCUGCAAAUACAUCUUGUAAAACUAAAA